AUGAAUUUAUGGAAGCGGGGGCUAAGGAGUAAAUUAUGGACUUCUUGUGAAGGGAUUUCAAAUGGUUGGGGGUUAAAGGGGUUUAGUAACCCUAACCCUAAGAGAAAAACCCUCCAUUCGACACCCCUUAUACCUCCCGUGUUCAGCCGUCAACCCACCCUCUCUCUUCCGGUUGCAGCCACACCUCACAACUCCUCUAUCACCGAUCAUUGUUCCUCACAUGUGAAGUCGGAGGGUCACCGAGAUAUCGCCGCUGCCACCGGUAAAGCCGAGAAUGCCAACUGGAGGGUCGUGGAACCCCUUCAGCCGCUGCCAAGGACCACCGAACCCUCUCCAUCCUUUUCCCUCUCUUCCUCUCGCCGACAAUCGCACGUUGCUGGGAAAGAACCAUCAUGCGUUUCUCUGGCUUCCCACGAUGUUCCCGACAACAGCCGUCGCAGAGGCGACCUUCAACAAUGUUGCAGCGGCGGCGAUCGAGCUUUUCUUGCGGCGGCGCUGAGAAGGUUGCCAAAGGAAGUUUGCCCAAGCUGA